AUGACAGUUAACGUCCGCAGUAACAGCAGCAGCUCGCAGGACUCACCACAACGCAUAUUGGUGGAGGAACUCCCGGACGACGACAAAAAUCGUUUCAUCGUUGACGACACCGAAUUCGAAACUUCGUCGCACGAAAGCGACUAUUCUACCCGCAACCCAUUUAUCGACCCAGAUGCCGAGAAAUACUACCGGAAUAUCUACACAGAGUGCAAUUAUGAAUGCCUGAAGGCUUUCGAUCCGGACUUCAAAUGGACCCAGGAAGAAGAAAAAAAACUGUUGCGCAAAGUGGACUGGCGUGUGGCCAUUCCAGCGUGUCUGAUGUUUGCAGCUUUGCAAAUCGACCGUGGGAAUGUACAACAGGCCGUUGCAGACAAUAUGUUGAAGGACCUGAAAAUGAGCACCAACGACUACAACACCGGGAUGCAACUAUUCUAUGCCGCGUUUACCAUUGCAGAAGUACCUUCGCAAUUGUUGUCGAAGCGAAUCGGUCCCGACCGCUUCAUCCCGUUCCAAAUGGUGUGCUGGAGUAUCGUCUCCAUAGCGCAAGCCGGUAUAAGCAACAAGACCGGCUUUUUCGUGACCCGUUUCUUUCUGGGGCUUCUAGAAGGUGGGUUCAUUGCUGACUUGGUGCUUUGGCUCAGUUACUUCUACACAUCUCGUGAAUUACCGCUGCGCUUGUCGUGGUUUUGGACCACCUUGUCUAUCGUGCAAAUCAUUACUGCGUUGCUGGCCUUCGCUAUUUUGAGAAUGCGUGGGAUUGGAGGUCUUACCGGCUGGCAAUGGCUACUGCUGAUUGAGGGUAUUAUCACUUUGCUCAUCGGAAUAUUUGCCUUUUAUCUCAUGGUACCCUCUGCGGUUCAAACCAGGAACAGAUUGCAUCCAAAGGGCUGGUUUACCGAGCAUGAGGAGAAAAUCGUGGUCAACCGGGUACUGCGCGACGAUCCUUCCAAAGGUGACAUGAACAACCGUCAAACUCUGACCUUACGCAAGCUGUGGGCUGCUUUGACAGAUUACGAUUUGUGGCCAGUCUACGCUAUUGGUUUGAUCGCUUACAUCCCUGCCAACACAGUGGCACCGUACUUGACGUUGAAUUUAAAACAACUGGGCUUCUCUACUUUUAAUGUACAGUUGCUGUCCAUUCCAUACAACGUUCUACACAUUAUUCUGCUGCUGUUGAUUACCAAGAUUUCCGAUAUUUUCAAUGAAAGAUCAUUGGUGGCUUUACUGGCGCCUGUGUAUUCCACGUUUCUCCUGGGAAUCAUUAGAUGGUGGUCCGGCUCUAUGAAAGAAAAAUGGCCCACAUAUGUGAUUACAACUCUGUUCUUGGGUCAACCAUACAUCCAUGCCAUGUGCGUCGCUUGGGUCUCCAAAAAUUCCAACUCCAUCAAGACCCGUAGUGUUUCUUCCGCUGUGUACAACAUGUUUGUGCAGCUAGGAACCAUUGCGGGCAGUCAGAUCUACAGGACCGACGACCAACCUCUAUAUCACCGUGGUAACUUCCAGCUAUUUUUCAUCUCACUGUCGUUGAUUCCUCUGCUGCUUUUCACCAAGGGAUACUACAUAUAUCGUAACAAGCAAAAGGACCUAUUGUGGAACGCUUUGAGCGAAGAAGAGAAGAGGGACUACAUUUUCAGUUCUCAGGAUCAGGGCAAUCGCAGACUGGAUUUCAGAUUUGCUCAUUAA